CGGUUCCUGGAAACGUCACUUCCUGUGAUCCUGUCAGGCAGGCUGCGUGAUGGCGGCCACCACGACGUAGCUGGCACAUUGACUUCUACCGAGAAGUGCGUGCGAGUUGUCCUCCACGUUAUCCUUGAAUGUAAACGAGUGGAUGGCAUUAUUAUAAAAUUUAAAAAAAUGAAUACUGAGCGUGCCGGUAAAUGUAUUUGUGUGCUUGCAAUUGGUAAAAUAUUCGUGUUGUCUGUAACUUGCUAGCCUCCUAGCUCUCUAGCUGCUACGUGUUUACCUAAGAAGAUGGCUCUUCAUAGAAUGUCCCUCAGGCUUCGACAAACGGUUACACAUGUUCGGUGGCUUCAUACAAGUGGAUCGGGCCAGCAGCAGGAGGCCUUGGCGGUUGAGACAGAACCUGAACCCUUCUCAGUUUUCAGAACACAGGAGAAUGAUCCAGCUUGUCAGUCAGAGAAACAUAUUGGACAGUUUUACAAUAUACUGUCUGCGCACAUCCGCACCCUCUUCCCUCAUGGCCUCCCCCGACGUUAUCAGCAGCAGGUGAAGACGUUCACCGAAGCCGCAGUGAUGGUGAGGCAGCCCGCACUGGAGGUCAUCUCCUACCUAAAGGAAAUGGACAUGAGCAAACCUGCACAGCGAUAUAUGUUCUACGGAUUAAAGGGCGGCGGCAAGACGAUGUCUCUGUGUCACGCCGUCCACUUUUGCUACACGCAGGGAUGGCUGGUGCUGCAUAUACCUGAUGCUCACAGCUGGGUUAAGAACUGCAAGGAGCUGCUGCCUUCAUCUUUUAAUGCCUCUCGCUUCGACCAGCCUUUACAAGCCACCGAGUGGUUGCGCAACUUCAAAAUCACCAACGAACCCUUCCUGUCCAAGAUAAAGACAAGGCAACGCUAUGUGUGGACGAAAAGAGAGCUCACAGAGCAGGGAAGCCCUCUUGGCGAGCUGGUGGAUCAGGGCAUCACUCGCGUGAAGAGCAGCAGUGAUGUGGUGGGGGCACUGAUGAAGGAGCUGAGGCAGCAGAGCGGGCAGCCGGACUGUGACUUCCGCCUGGUCGUGGCCGUGGACGGCGUCAACGCCUUGUGGGGCAAGUCCAGCAUCAAAAAGGAGGACAAAAGUGCGGUGGAUCCAGAUGAGCUCACGCUGGUAUAUAACCUGAGGAAGUUGAUGAGGAACGACUGGACGGGAGGCGCCAUCAUCACCACUCUCUCUCACACGGGGGCUGUGUACCCGCCCAAAUUGGCCUACUUGCCUCAGGAGCUGCUGGGAGAGAGGGGCUUUGACAACAUGGACCCAUUUGUCCCGGUGUCUGUGCCCUACUACAGCGAGAAGGAGUUUGAGAGCUGCUAUCUCUACUACAUGGAGCGCAACUGGCUGCAGCAUCCAAAGAGCCGAACAGAAGAGGGCAAGAAAGAGCUCAUCUUCAUGACGGACAGGAAUCCAUCGUUAAUGGACAGAAUUUGUGCAUUCCUAUGAAGUGUCAGACAUCAACCACUCACGUCACACAAAAAUAUCUGCGACCUAGAAAUGCAGAAACUCAAUAUUCAUGUCUAUAAUGUGUAUCUCUAAAUUAUUCAAUCACCAUGUUUGCUAAUAAAAUGUUUAAAAAGCCA